AUGGACCCCUCGUACAAAUCCCGCAAAGAGGCGUUUGUCUCAAAUCUGGCCGGAGGAAGCGUCCUGGAAAUCAAUGCAGUAACUCUCGUGGCCCCCGCUUCUGUUUUUCUGUGGUCCGUGCUGCAAUCCCGACUUUCGUUCUUCACACCCUAUAGCCCUGCGGCGCUCAUCACCGACUUUCUGCUCAACGUCUCAGCGAUCCUCUUUGCCACGACCCUCUAUUCCUCAGCCCCAUGGCUCCUAAACAUCCUUCUGAUAUCUCCGGCUUUUCUCAUCCUGUUGAAUUCACGGCCUCGACGGACCCAGCAGAAAGCAAAGCCGCCGCAAACAGCCGCCGCACAACAUGGGCCAGUCACUCCACAACCCUUACCCAUCCACCCUUUUCUCACCACAUAUCGUGGGGCCAUGAUGAUAAUCACCUGCAUUGCAAUUCUCGCGGUAGACUUCCAUGUGUUUCCUCGUCGGUUUGCCAAGGCUGAAAACUGGGGUACAUCUCUGAUGGAUUUGGGCGUUGGAUCAUUUGUGUUCUCAGGAGGAGUGGUGUCCGCGCGCGCUCUUGUCAAAGACCAGGAACACGGCGCGGCGUCGAAGAAGACCUUGCUACAGAGGUUUGCCUCGUCGAUGCGGCACUCGAUUCCGCUUCUCGUGUUGGGUCUGAUCCGGCUCUACAGCGUCAAGAACCUUGAAUACGCGGAACACGUCACAGAGUAUGGUGUUCACUGGAACUUCUUCUUUACACUGGGCCUCCUACCACCGUUUGUGGAAAUUUUUGAAGUUCUGGCUAGACUUAUUCCGUCCUAUGAGGUCCUUUCUCUCGCAGUCGCGGUACUCUAUCAGGUUGCGCUUGAAUCCACCGAUUUGAAGGGCUAUAUUCUUGUGUCACCCCGGGGGCCUGAUCUGCUCUCCAAGAACCGCGAGGGAGUCUUCUCAUUUCUGGGCUACCUGGCAAUAUUCCUUGCAGGCCGUGCUACUGGGAUUCGAAUCAUGUCAAGGGGAGCUUCUUCUAUGACCCCACAGCAGGCAAAAAAACGAGUGCUUAUCAAUUUGGGAGCACAAGCACUAGGGUGCACAACACUCUUUGCUCUAAACUCUAUGUAUCUCUUUGGCUAUGGCGCCAAUAUUCCAGUCUCCCGACGUCUCGCGAAUAUGCCAUAUGUCCUGUGGGUCGCUGCCUUCAACAACGCCCAGCUUUUUCUUUUCUGCCUCAUCGAAACGCUCCUCUUCCCUGCUGGUAAUCAAACGUCCGCAGUGAGAACUGAUUCUGAAGCGGAACGGACAGCCUUUGCGACAAGCCGCAUCCUUAAAGCGUUCAAUCGUGGCGGGCUCGCCGUAUUCUUACUCGCCAACCUCCUCACUGGAGCUGUCAAUCUGACUGUGCCGACCCUUGAUGUCAACAACGCUCAGGCCAUGGUCAUACUCAUUGGAGGCCAGUCAUGCCUGUACUAUACUAGACCUCGGUAG